CUGGGGUUGUAAAGAAAAUUCAUCAACGAUACUACGUCGUAUUUGUACUUCAAACAACAGUCACUUUCCUCUUCUUGAGCGGCGUCUCCUGUUGAUCUUUUUCAGCUUCGGUUUGAGCUUCAACAACAAAAAAACUUCUCUUUUCUUUCAAUGGCGAUCAUAACAGAGGAGCCAGAACAACAAGAAAAACCUCAACCCCAGCACCAGAAACAAGAAGAGAAAUGUCAACCAAAGCAAAAACAAAAUCAGAACCCCAGUUCAAUUUCAACGAAACCUCAGCACAACACGAACCCACUUACGUUUUGGUUUUACUUCACUCUCUCAGUCUCUAUCAUAACCCUCUUCUUCGUUUCUUCGUCUUCUCUUUUCUCUAAUCCAGACCCCAGGUCUUGGUUUCUCGGCUUACGCAACUCUCUUCGCCACCAUUACUCUUCUGGUCGCGUUAUCAAAGUCCAGACCGGCACUAACCAAUCGCCAAUUGAGGUUUUUACUUUCCAAAAUGGCGCCAUUUCGACGGAGAAUGUCUUGAUCGUUCAUGGGGUUGGUUUGAGUUCAUUUUCUUUUCGUGGGAUGAUAAGCUCUUUGGGGUUUAGAGGGGUUCGAGUUAUGGCCGUUGAUUUGCCUGGAAAUGGGUUUUCUGAUCGCUCAACGAUGGAGAAUAAAGAGAGUUCGAAUAGGGCUUUUGAGAGGUUAUGGGACGUUUUUGAGUUGAUUAAAGAAAAAGGUGUAUUUUGGGCAUUUGAUCAGAUUGUUGAAACUGGGCAGAUCCCUUAUGAGGAAAUUGUGAAAGCUAGGGAUUUGGUGAAAAAGAGGGUUAGAGUUAUUGAGCUGGGGAGCGAAGAGUUAGGCAGGGUUUUAGGGCAAGUGAUUGAAACUUUUAAUUUGGCUCCUGUGCAUUUAGUUUUGCAUGAUUCAGCUCUGUUAAUGAGUGCAAAUUGGGUGGCUGAGAACGUAGAUUUAGUUAAAAGUGUGACUCUUAUAGAUACCGGAUCAAGACCGGCUUUGCCUCUGUUGGCUUUCAAUUUGCCAUUGAUUAGGGAGGUUUUAUUAGGGUCUUCGUUCUUGUAUGAAAGGUUUAUUAGGUUGUGUUGUAUGAAUAAGAUCGGUGGUUUUGAUGUUGAGGCUCAUAGAGUGCUUUUGAAGGGAAGAGAUGGGUGUAGAGCUGUUGUGGGGAUGGGGAAGAAUUUGAAUUAUAGCUUUGAUAUAGGAGAAUGGGGUACUUUGAAUGGGAUAAAAGUCAUGCCAAUGCAGGUGCUUUGGUCUAGUGGUUGGUCUAAAUUGUGGAGUGAAGAAGGGAGUCGAGUUGCAGAUGCACUUCCACAAGCAAAGUUUGUGAAGCAUUCAGGUGGACGGUGGCCGCAGGAGGACACUGCAGAUGAACUAGCUGAGAGUAUUGCCCAGUUUGUGUCAUCUUUACCUAAAUCUGUUAGACAAACCAAGGAAGAGCCUAUACCCGAGCACAUACAGAAGAUGUUUGAUGAAGCAAAAAGUGGUGACCAUCAUCAUGGCCAUAGCAGCCACGACCACCACCAUGGCGGUCAUGAUCAUGGUCAUGCAGCGGGCUAUAUGGAUGCAUAUGGCCUCGGCAAUGCAUGGGGUCAUUGAUCUCAUUAUAUCAAUCAGUGAGCAAGCUUUCAACUACUCAACACUAGUGCCCCAUCUUACAUCAAAUAUUUCAUGCCUAUACCAGAAAGGCUGCUUUCUUUUUACUGCUUUCUUGAUGUCUCUAUUGUUUCCUUUGAUUGUUGAAGAGUUUGUAAUGCUGUGUUAAAUAGUUUUUUAAUUUAGGCCUCCUUUACCUGAGUGUUGAAAUUUUGUAACACUUCCCAAAGUUUGUAUUCUAAUUUUAUCUUUACGAAUGAUGCAAAGCUGAUUUAUAAUUGUCAUGAUACCUUUGUUGUA